AUGGCGUCCCGGAGUCCCGGCUGCCUCUUGGCGGCGCUGCUCCUCCUCCUCCUCGGGCCGGGCGCCGCGAGGGGCGGCUGGGUGACGUGCGGCUCGGUGGUGAAGCUGCUGAACGCGCGCCACGGAGUCCGGCUUCAUUCACACGACGUCCGCUACGGAUCCGGCAGCGGCCAGCAGUCGGUGACAGGGAUCGUAGCCAUGGAUGACAGCAACAGCUAUUGGCGUGUUCGGGGCAAGACGUCCACUGUGUGUGAAAGGGGUACCCCUGUGAAGUGUGGAGAGGCAAUCAGGCUGACCCACAUCAACACAGGCCGUAACUUGCAUAGUCAUCACUUCACGUCACCCCUCUCAGGCAACCAGGAGGUCAGUGCCUUUGGGGAAGAUGGUGAGGGGGACUUCCUGGACGACUGGAUUGUGCUGUGCAGUGGGACUUUCUGGGAUCAGGCCAGUGAGGUGCAGUUUCAGCACUCCUCCACCAACGCACUCCUCUCAGUGACGGGCGAGCAGUACGGGCGGCCGAUCCACGGCCAGCGAGAGGUGCAUGGGAUGGCUUACGCUAGCCGAGGCAGCUACUGGAAGGUGAUGGAAGGGAUCUUUGUGAGGCCCACGGAGCUGCUGAAAAUGGAGCUGCACCGCACAGAGCUCUGAGGGCAAAAGGGAGU